AAAAAGGCGAAACAAGAACAGAUAAUUUCAAAAAUAGGUGUCGACAUCGUGAAUAAACCGAUAAAUAAUCGCUCAACAUCCAAAAAAACACGUAGUAAAUCAUCGAAAUCAGCAGCAGUGGUGGCUGAAGUUGACAUAUCGUACGUACUCGUUUCUGUCUACUCUUGUUGAGUCGAUUUUAGUGUUGAUAGAUGCACUUCGUCUAUCGAAGUAGUCGUCUACUGUUUUGUAGUGCUCAUGAAUAAUUCGCCUUCUGUUCUACUUGUUUCAGUCCGAAUCGUCGAAAAGUAUUGUCAAAACAGGAUGCUAAUGAUUGUGGUUCAGAGGAUGUGUCAUCAUCACUAUCAAGGGCACAGUCAAAAAAGUUCACACGCUCGACUAAAUCAACUCGAAUUGUUCAUGAUACAUCAGCUGAAAGUAAAACAAGCAUCAUAAUUCGAACGACAAGACAAACAAAAAAAGGCGAGGGUGUGAGUGUGGAUAAAAACCAGGAAGAAAAGGCUGUUGUUGCUUUAAAGAAUUCGUCAGCCAAAUCAAAAACCAAACAAGAAGACAAGGUGGAAAGUCAUAUCACAACAAGAACAAGAAGUGCCAAGAAGCAACAAGAAACGACUGAACAAGAUAAAAGUAGUGAUAAUGCAUUAACAUCAAAUGGUCGUUCAAGAAAGAAGAAAUUGUUAAACGUUGAAGACGAAGAGAAUGAUGAACAAGGUUCACCAUCGAAACGGCAAAAGAAAUUGGACAAAAGUUCAAAUAAUCGAGCACGACGUGGCCGACAAAAAUAA